AUGUCAACCACCACACCACCCCCAGCUCCGGCGGCCCCAGCAGCAACAACGGCACCGAAUGCCGCUGCCGCCGCCAACCCAGACCCAGUAUCCCAACUCUUCUCCGUCAAAGGCAUCGUAGCCCUCAUCACAGGAGGCGGCACCGGAAUCGGCCUCAUCCUCACCCGCACCCUCGCCCUCGGGGGCGCAUCAAGGAUCUACAUCCUCGGCCGCCGGCUUCCCGUUCUUCAAUCCGCCGCGACGUCUGUCAACGCCCUCGUCGGCAAGAACGUAGUAAUCCCUCUAUACUGCGACAUCACCUCCCGCAUCUCCAUCUCGUCCACCGUUUCCGUCAUCUCCUCCGACCUAGGCUACAUCAACCUCCUGAUCUGCAACGCUGGCAUCGGCGGCCCGCAAGUCCACCUUUCUUCCACCACCCCGAACUCCCUGGAAGAGUUCCAACAACAGCAGAUGGACACCGUGGCUGGCUGGGAGGAAACAAUGAGGGCAAACGUGACAGGGGUAUGGUUCACGGCCAUGGGGUUCUUGUCGCUGUUGGAAAAAGGGAAUCAUACGGAAUGGGGAAAGGGGGGUGUGAGCUCUCAGGUUAUUGUUGUGAGUUCAAUUGCUGGGUUUAAUAAAAAGGCACCCGGGGGUUGGGCGUAUGGGGCGAGCAAGGCGGCGGCUACGCAUGUGGGUAAGAUGUUGAGUGGGUUGGUCACUGAGUGGGGGAUGAGGGCCAAUGUUGUUUGUCCGGGGUUGUUCCCGAGUGAGAUGGCGGCGCCGAUUGUGGAAGCGGCUGGGGGGUCGAUGACGGGGGGUGGGGUGAUUCCCCUGGAUAAGAGCGUUGUUCCUUUGGGGAGGAUGGGAGAUGAGAAAGAUAUGGCGGGGCAGAUUUUGUAUUUGGCUUCGAGGGCGGGGGCGUAUUGUAAUGGGAAUGUGGUUUUGGUUGAUGGGGGGAGGUUGGGGACUUUUCCCAGUGCUGGGUAUUAG